UCUGGCUCAGAUGGAGGCUCCGCUUGUCUCUGUGAUCCGCUUCUCACCAGGGCCUGCUGCCGCAGCGUCGCCGCCGGGAGGGUGCUGCAGCUGUCACCUCUGCUCGGCCGAGUCGAAGAUCCUUGCCGUUACGUUUCUGGAUAUCCUGUUGAACCUUCUUAAGAAUUCAGAGAAACUGUCAGGCAUCCGCCACACCGGAACCAUGUCCUACGUUUUUGUAAACGAUUCUUCCCAGACCAAUGUGCCCUUGCUACAAGCCUGUAUUGAUGGAGACUUUAACUAUUCCAAGAGGCUUUUGGAAAGUGGCUUUGACCCAAACAUUCGAGACAGCAGGGGCCGAACAGGCCUUCACCUUGCCGCAGCCCGCGGGAACGUGGACAUCUGCCAGUUGUUGCAUAAAUUUGGUGCUGACCUUCUGGCCACAGAUUAUCAGGGGAACACAGCUCUUCAUCUCUGUGGUCAUGUGGAUACUAUUCAAUUCUUAGUUUCCAAUGGACUCAAAAUUGAUAUUUGCAAUCAUCAAGGUGCUACACCCUUAGUUCUGGCAAAGCGCAGGGGCGUGAAUAAAGAUGUCAUCCGAUUGCUGGAAUCUUUGGAAGAACAGGAAGUAAAAGGAUUUAACAGAGGAACACACUCAAAACUGGAGACCAUGCAGACAGCUGAGAGUGAAAGUGCCAUGGAGAGCCACUCUCUCCUCAACCCCAACCUGCAGCAAGGUGAAGGGGUCCUGUCCAGCUUCCGAACCACGUGGCAGGAGUUUGUAGAGGACCUGGGCUUCUGGAGGGUUUUGCUCUUGAUCUUCGUCAUUGCUCUGCUGUCUCUGGGCAUUGCCUACUACGUGAGUGGGGUGCUGCCGUUCGUGGAAAACCAGCCUGAACUGGUGCAUUGAAGGAGCUCGCGGAGGGCGAGGCGUGUGCGUGUUUCCUGGCUUCCAGUGUUUCUCAGUUUCUCAAGCUUGUUCGAGUGCAAGGCAGUGAGGGCUGUACAUGGUUUUCUUUUUGCAGUUUUACAUAUUGUAAUCCUCUUAGAAUGACAUGUUCAUCUGAACUAACUACUUAGCGUAGUCGAGUAUACUGCAUCCCAAAGCUACCUCUAACUCAACGGGACUUCUUAGCAACGCAGCCUUGUUUGAUAAAAACAUGGAAAUGACUACAGAAAGAAAGAUAAAGGAAGUCCUUGCUAAAGAAACCUUACCCUCAUACAGGACCAACUAAAGCAAAGUGUUCAAAAAGAAAAUUUUAGGUUUUCUUUUCUGAUUGGUUUUGGUUGGUGAUUUUGUUUUGUUCUUAUUUGUUUAUUUUUGCAAGAGCAUCUUUUCUCUUUUUAUUUACAGUCUCUGAGAAUAGACAAGAGAGCGAAACAUUCAGCUUAAAACUUGAAGUGCUUCUUUUUUCACAUCCUGCGUAGUAAAUCAGUAUUGUUGGAAUGCCUUUGGUUUAUUUUAACACUUUCAAGUCUAGUCACAAACCAAGUAGAACUUUUGAAAGUGAGCUAUAUUUUAUUCAAAAAUGAUAGGUUUGAUCUUAUAUUUAUUUGUUUUAGAAUAGUGUUUUGUAAACCGCUUUUGUAAACCGCUUUACUUGUUAAUAUCUAUUAACAAGAAACGAAGACUUCAUCUUGUUCACUUUUUCAUUUCCCUUUGUGUUUAUUUCAAAGGUGGUCUGUUCAUAAAAAAUAUAGUCAGAAAGCUUUUUCUACUCAGUAGUUAGCAGGAGAAGUAUUCUGCUGUGUGACUGUCACCGUAGCUUUGUGACGCUGUUGUCAUAGUGAACGGUUCAGUUUCACACGCCUGCCGUGUUGUCACAGUUGUGUCAUAGUUGCUUUGCUUUGUGUGCAACCCUGUUAGAGUUCCUGUAGAGUCAUCAUGAUUUCAUCCACGUCAGUUACUGUCUGACAGCAAGACGGACGGAGUAUUUCCGAGUUAAUAGUGCUCAACAUAAUUGUGCUGGGUGUCAUAAAUGCUUUAUGAAUGGUUAUGUUAUUUAAAUUGAAGUCUGGUGACCAAACUGUAUUGCAGCAUUCAGCAGUAUGUUUUGUUGAUGAUUCUGUUAUGCAUAAAUCAUAUUCUUAGGUUAUUAAAAAGGAAUAUUAAGACUUGAUAGUUAUUCAUUGGGAAUAGUCAGAAAACUGUAAUGAAAGAAUAGUAAUACCUUUUAGAACAAAGACAUCUAAGCUACUGCUAAUUGAGUUGUUGCUAGAAUUAGAAUUUACAGUUUAGAGUAGAAUUGGUAUUUCUGUGAUUCUUGUUGCUUCUUGUAAUUCUCUCUUUUAUAUUUCCACAUUUAGGAUUGAGGUGGCUUUAUCCUCUCUUAAACAGCUGUUUGAAAGUCCUGAUUUACCUGGCUGCUUCUAUAUCAGCUCACAGAGUCUUGCUUUUAGGUUAGACAUAAAUAAAAUAAAUCUUACUUGGUGUAAAUACAGAAAAAACAGUGGAUUUUAGAAUGGAAAACACUAUAAUACUAGAAAUCAAAGUAUAUUUAGAAUGAAAGCUGUGGAAUUAGGUUUACAUUUGGUUGUAAAUCUAAACAGAUAAGUAAAAUUGAUUAAACUUAUGUACAUAUUUUGCAUUUUUUAAGAUGUUUCCUUUUAAGUUCUGAUUUCUUUGUGUCUGUUCUCUGCAUUCAGGAUUCAGAAACAGCACCAAUAAAUGUAUUUGUAAUCUCUUAGUCACAA